AACUUGUUCAUUAGUUUCUCCCCGAAAUGUCGGCGUCUCUGUCUUUGGCGAUACUAGUGUUGUUGGGCCAUUUGAUGGCCACAUCAGAGGCCAAUUUCAACCAGCAUUUCGACGUGACAUGGGGCCAUCACCGCUCCCAGAUCAAGGACGGCGGCCAGCUCCUGACGCUCUCACUGGAGAAGGAUUCUGGAGCAGGAUUCCAGUUCAAGAACCAGUACCUCUUUGGCAGAAUCGAUAUGCAGAUCAAGCUUGUCGCCGGCAAUUCUGCUGGCACCGUUACCACUUUUUAUCUUCCGCAGCUAUCCUCCCAAGGAUCAAACCACGAUGAAAUCGACUUCGAGUUUCUCGGAAAUUCCUCUGGCAAUCCUUACACUCUUCACACCAAUGUUUUCAGCCAAGGAAAAGGAAACCGGGAACAACAAUUUCAUCUUUGGUUCGACCCAACCACUGCUUUCCACACCUACACCAUUCUCUGGAACUCUCAGCGAAUCAUAUUCCUAGUGGACAACAUACCUAUAAGAGUGUUCACGAACAUGAAAUCACAGGGAGUUCCUUUCCCUAGUAAGCAGCCAAUGAGCAUUCACUCCAGCUUGUGGAAUGCGGAUGAGUGGGCAACUCAAGGAGGGCGGGUGAAGGCUGAUUGGACCAACGCUCCAUUUGUGGCUUCUUACAAAAACUUCAAAGUAGAGGCAUGCAUCUGGAAGCCGGCGUCCGCCUCCUCUACUUGUUCACCGGGAGCUAGGCAAACUCAAGGAUUGGACGCUGCUGGUCGGAAUAGAAUCCGAUGGGUGCAAAGCAAAUAUAUGAUCUAUAACUACUGCUCCGACCUUAAGCGUUUCCCUCAGGGUGUUCCCUAUGAAUGCAAACAAUCUAGAUUCCUCUAAAUUUAAGGUGCAUGGAACAACAAAUGGAGCCGACACAACAGAUCAAUUAUAUCCUCAAUGCUUUCUUUAUUGUAAUAAAUCCGCCACAUUAUCAUGUGUAUUUUUUCAUUUAU